AGCCCUCGCUCUUGAUUUUUGAGACGCGAAUAUUCAGUCGUGCUCUUAGGAAAUAUAAAGCAGAGCAAAGAAGACACGAAAAAACCGACAACAUGCAUCGCAAAUUCUGCAUUCCGGGGAUAAUCUUCCUGACAGCAGCGUUGGUGCUCCUUAUCAUCGUCUCCAUCUCCCUGCCUUUCUUCAGCGCUAUGGACUUUGUCCGUGUCCACUUCGGGAACUCAAUUACUGCAACUUUCGGUGAAGGCAUCAGCCAGCUUCGUUUCGGUAUCUGGUCAUUCUGUUUCUACGACGCGUCGAACGGCAAUCGUACUUGUUCUCCGAAACAUCAUGCGUACUCCGUUGGAAUUCGUUCGCCCACAAACCUCAACCAAAUUGAAAUCAUCGGAGCCAGUUGGACUCGCGGACUCGCCAUUCACCCUGUCGCGGCCGCGGUCACUUUCGUCGCGUUCCUCUUCUCCUUCUCGACGCACGUGACGUUCACUCUCGUCGCAUCGCUGCUCUCGUUCCUCGCCGCUGCAAUCACUUUCAUCGCCUUCUUGUGCGACAUCGCUCUAUAUGCGUUUGUUCAUAAUAAGAUGGGUGACCUCGAUGGGGUCAACCCGAACACAGACACUGGUCCCGCAUUCUGGCUGACGUUCGUCUCCUUCAUUCUGCUGCUCCUUGCUGGCUGCACGGUCUGCUUCGGUCGUCGCCGUGCGCGCAUGGAUGGCGCGAGCAGCUCGUAUCCUAUGACCAAUAAGCCAUUCUGGAAGCGUUUCCGCCGUGGCGGUUACUAAAACCAUUUCCAAGCUAUACCAAGUCUCCAUCGAUUUAUCUUUGUGCAAGAGGACAAUCGACUCCCGGAGUCUCGCGAGUUGCUUUGUCCUUGCCUGAUGGCUACACUUCUGAUGAUCCGAUUUUGCGAGUUUUGAUUUGUUUGUUGUUUUCGACUUUUUGCAUUAUUUAUCCACCAUUUCUUACAUGGAGCUCUUUUUGAAUCUUUUCCCUUGAUUUAUUCCCCUGGUCACCAUUAUGUUUUGUCCCAUUAGCGUCUACUACUUACU